ACAACCAACCCGACUCGCAUUUUGGGGCAAGGGCGCCGCUCAUCCCCAUCACCACGCCGCCGCCUCCCACUCCAUCUCGCUCUGCCAUCGACAGCUCCAGCCCGCCGUCGCUGCAUCUCCAGACCCUCCCCCAUCCGCUCCGGCCCAGCGCUGCAAUCGUCCAUCGCCCGCCUUCCGCAAGCCUCUCAUCGCCGAUGCAGCAGCAGCUCCGCAAUGUCCUUUCACAGUUUCUGCCGGCAGGGGUAGUCGACCUGCUCGUAUCGCCAAGCCCGGCAGCGCCGAGCCCGUCCCGCUCUGCCCAACUGUCGUCGCCGCCGCCGUUGUCGGCUCUGCCAGCAGCCGACCAAGUCAUGACCGAUCUAGAUACGGACUCGAACGCGAGCGACUCGCAAGUGCAUCGAUACUCGGUCCCGAGACCGAGGAGAGGGCCGAUGGCCCAGCAGAAGAAGACCCUGGUCCUCGAUCUGGACGAGACGCUGAUCCACUCGACCUCGAGGGGCUCCCGCAACCACGACCAUAUGAUCGAGGUCCUGGUUGAUAGGCACGUCUGUCUCUACUAUGUCUACAAGCGGCCGCAUGCCGAUUACUUUCUCCGUAAGGUCAGCGAAUGGUACAAGGUCGUGAUCUUUACCGCUUCAAUGCCCGAGUAUGCCGAUCCCGUCAUCGAUUGGCUCGACAGUUCCCGGACGCUGAUCAGCCGUCGAUACUUUCGUCAGUCGUGCACGCCUCGGAACGGCACCUAUGUCAAGAACCUGUCUCUCGUCGAUCCGGAUCUGUCGCAGGUCAUCCUGGUCGACAAUUCACUCGCAGCGUUUGCAAUGAACGAAGACAACGGCAUACCCAUCGAGAGCUGGAUGAAUAACCCCAACGACGAAGCGCUGCUGGAUCUGCUCCCCUUUUUGGACGCCCUGCGAUUCACCCACGAUGUCCGAUCGGUGCUGUCGCUCAGGGCGUGACCUCGGCUUCCGAACACACGUACAUUCACAGGCUCUGUAUCUCGUCGUCGACCGGUCAGAUCCGCUUGGGUCCCAGGUGUCAAGUGCAGCGCCGCGUCACAUCCAUUUCCCAAUAUACUGGCACACUCGGCCAAGAGCACUCUCGGUGGCUGAGAAGGGC